ACACUACUGCUCUGUGCCGACUCAUCGUCUGGGAAACCACCGUCCAGUAUAAAACCCACAGCCAGAAGGCAUUGACUUUUUCAGGAAAAGCAGUGUACACUUUUCACGUUUGUUGUUGGAUCAAGUGGUGACCGGUUGCGUAACGGUGAUGCGCAAAAUCCAACAUAGAUCAAGUUUUACGACACAUAGAUCGAAGUAGUUCUGGGUUUUGUUUGUUUUUUCAAAAGAAAAGUUUUGGUUCGGGAUUGCUUGAAACAGAGAGCAGAACUUAAACUGGUUUAGAACUCGGCUGGACAUGGCAGAGGGAGACUUCUACACGAUGGGAAGCCGGCAGAGGUUUCCCAGAGAUCCGUUUGGAGAAUCACCGUUCAGGGAUCAGUCUCCGUUCAGGGAUCAGCUCGCGUCUCGGUUUAUGGAUGAUGAAUUUGGGAUGCCACCUUUCCCCGAGGAUUUGUCAAUGGACUGGCCGGGUUGGGCUCGGCCGGGUCGGCUCAGCUCGCGCCUCAGUUCUUCGCCCUUCAGCAGUAGUUUACGCACAGGUUUCCCGUCGCGCCAGUCCACGGGAGGCCCAACGCUGUACACCAGCAGGUACGGCGAGCCUUCCUCCCGGAGCUCCCCCACCACCACCGGGGGGGAACCGUGGAAAGUUUGCGUGAACGUCCACAGCUUCAAACCAGAGGAAUUAAACGUCAAAACGAGAGACGGAUUUGUAGAAGUGUCAGGAAAACAUGAAGAGAAGCAGGAAGAAGGAGGCAUAGUGACAAAGAAUUUCACAAAGAAGAUUCAGAUCCCGAUAGAUGUGGACCCUCAGACCGUUUUCGCCUCUUUGUCCCCCGAGGGCGUCCUCAUCAUCGAAGCCCGGCAGACGCCUCCGUAUUACCUCUUCAGCAACGAGGGCUCCCAGGGUGGAGACACACAGGAGGUGGAGGCCCUUAAGCUCGAAGAGGCCCCUAUGGUCUAAACCUCCACCUCCUCACAAACCUAACAAAUCGUCCUGCACAAUUAAUUACAAGUUUGAUACAAAAUGUGUGGCCUUCAGCUUCAUGUUGUUAGACACCUGGGAUUCAAAUGUGUAAAAGGCAAAUAGGGAAGUCCUGUUUAAUGGAUUUAUUAAAGCUGCAGAAAGAAAAGUUAUGUAUAACAAGCAGAAUGGUGAAAAGCCUCCUCUCCCUACUGACACAGAUGCUAUAGAUUUGCCCCAUUGCCCAAAUGAAAUUUGGGUACCAUUUCUCUUUCAUGUUAGAUGUAAACCCAAAAUCCAAAUGUCCAGAAGAAACUUAAGAAGUCUAUUUUUAACUCCAUUGUGUCUUUUCUUACAAAAUGAUUACAGACCAGCAGGUUUGAUAAACAUACAAUUUCAUGUAUAUCUUCAGAACAGCACUUAGUGUUUUUUAAAUGACCACCUGGAUUUUUUUAAAGAUCACAAAUGUUCAAACCGCUACAGCUUGCGGAGCCUUCGGUGUGUUAACUUGUUUGUGCAGCUUUAAUAUUCUAUAUGGGUAUAUCCUGUGGUUAAGCAACAGCUGUUGGGCCACUGAUACAUUACAUGUCAUAGCAUUUUCAAUUAUCAGUAAGUUAAUAUGACGCAGUAUGUGAAUCAAAUUUAAAAUGAACAUGCAAUUAAUUUUGUUGAACAUUGCAUCAAUUGUAUUGUAUGUGUUUUUCUUGGUUUAAAAAAAGACAAAUGUGCCUUUAUUUACUUUAGUGCCUUGACUUCCUUCAGUGCAACAGUUGUUUAUCUUUUGAGUUAAUGAAUGUCACAUAAACUGACAAGAAACGAAAGUGAGUUACCUUUUGUGAUUUCAUUAGAUGCUGAAUUGUGUGCAUUAAUACUGUAUUCUACCAAAGUGUAUUGUAAAUAUACUUCAAUAUGUGCCAAUUCAUUAUAAAUAUUAAUCUGAAGUGUUCCAGGUUUUGCAAUAUGGUUUGCAUUUGUUUCUUUUCUAUCGGAGCAUUCAGGAAGAUGGCUGCAUGAUUUUUGGAGCGGACAGACUGACUUGUUUGCCAAAGACGUUUUGUUUCCUGCCUUUUUCUGUCUAUGUCUUUGUAUUGGCUGAUGCAAUAAAAAUGUCCAGCCAAUCUCCCA